CCAAAAUGGCGGCGAACUUUUGGCUUUCUUCGCACUGCAAUCAAUGGCUCCUUGAUCGUGAAGAAAUCGAACUAGAAAGGCAACGAGACUACCAAAACCUUAAAGAUGACGACUACAAGAAGAUACAAAUCUUUUUUAUCAACUUUAUGCAAGCUUUAGGCGAACAUUUGAAGCUACGACAACAAGUAAUUGCAACUGCCUCUUUGUACUACAAAAGAUUUUAUGCCAGAAAUUCUUUGAAGAGUAUUGAUCCGCUUCUUAUGGCUCCGACGUGCAUGUACUUAGCUCACAAGACGGAGGAGUGUGGUGUGAUAUCUAACAGUCGUUUCAAUGCAGCUUGUAACGCCGUUGUGAAGAACAAAUUCUCCUUCGCUUUUCCUGGGGAUCAGUUUCCGUACAGGAUGACGCAGGUUCUUGAGUGUGAAUUUUUCUUGCUUGAGAUGAUGGACUGUUGUUUGAUUGUGUACCAUCCUUACAGACCUCUUACUCAGUAUGUUGCUGAUCUUGGGAUGGAAGAUGCAAUCCUGCCAAUUGCAUGGCGCAUUUUGAAUGAUAGUUUGCGAACAGAUGUCUCUCUCAUCUAUCCCCCUUACCAGAUUGCAUUGGCUGCCAUUUAUAUGGCAUGUGUCAUUCAACAGAAAGAUUCCAAGCAGUGGUUUGCGGAGCUAUCUGUUGAUAUGGACAAAGUACUGGAAAUCACACAGGAAAUCUUGCAGCUGUAUGAACUGUAUAAGAGUUACGAUGAAAGAGCUGAAAUCUCUGCAGUACUAAGCCGAGCUCCAAGACCCAAAGUCAGGCCAACAUCUGCUACACCCGGCCAGACUCCAUCUCCUGUGCCACCAGAAUCCUGACUGAGAACUUUAUGACUGUCUUUCUCCCCUUUCCAAUAGUAUUUUGGGAAAAAUGGUUUUAACCCUGUUACUUCCAAGAUCUCGUUAGCACAUGUAAUUCAGCUUGCUGUCUGCCUUACAAUUUUUAUGAUGUUAGCUCAUAGAACUUGCUACUUGAUUAACUAAUACUCCCCCUAAUUGGUAUUUUUCUAUUUUCUUGUCACUUGUCUACUGGAUAUUGGAUUGUUAUUGUAAGCUGGGUCACUCAUGAGAGUUGAAGGGUUAAAUAUACUUGAAUGAAUUUGAAGAACCAAGAAAGAUUUGAUUAUUUAUUCUGACUGUCUUGGUGAAGGUAGUCCUGAUGAGGGCUGUUGUCAGGAGUGGUGACUGUAGUUUUGAAAACCUUAGUGAAAGUCAUCGUCAGACCCAGAAAAGAUUAUUUCACAUCAAUUCAAUAUUGGUUAUUGUCCAUACCCAUUGGUAGAGAAAUGCAAGGAACAAGUAAGAGCAACUUAUGCAUGAAAAGUGAUGUUGUUUACUUACAAGUCUGUAUUCAAAGGGGUAUAAUGUGGAUUUGGCCAAAUGUUUUUCAUGAUGUCAAAAGAGCUUAAAGAAACAUUCUGUGCAGAAUGAUCGCGCAUUGAAAUAGGUGCUUUAAGUAAUUUUUUUUUCAUGAGAUUACACCAUAACUCUCCUUUUCAA